AUGCUGGCGCGGCGCUUCGCCACGCUCUCCGACACGUUCGCAAACACGCCGAUGACGGUCGCCAUCAUCAGCAGCGUCAGCGACAUCGCCACCAGCAUCUCGACCAGAGUAAAGCCGUCACCCCCGCGGCGACGAAACUGGCGGCAACGGUUCGGUGCUGGCACGAAACUCCAAUGCGGCCGACUGCCGCGGGGCCGCACAGCCAAGGACCCAACAGCCAGGGGCCCCCGCUUGCGACGCAACGCCGCUUGCGGCUUGCUGUGUCUGUUGCUGGUAGACGCGGCGUCUGCUCAGCCGCCCGAUAAGCCCUCGGCCGAGGCGGCCCGGGCGUACGCGAGUGCGGCGGCCUUGCAGGACCGCGGGCUGCACGACCUGGCGGCCAAGGAGUGGCAGACGCUGCUCAAGACCUUCCCGCAGGACGCUUUGGCCCCGCGGGCGGAGUACAACCUGGGGGUCUGCCGCUUCCAGCAGGGCGACUUCGCCAACGCGGCAGAAACGUUUCAGCAGGCCGCCCGACACGCGCAGGACGACUCGGUCGCGGAGGCGUCUUGGUCCAAUCUCGGGCUUGCCCGCUUUAACGAGGCCGCGUCCCAAGCCGACGCGCGGCCCCAGCAGGCAGCUGCGGCCUACAAGUCGGCGAUUGCGGCCUUCGAUCAGUUGAUCGCCAAGUUCCCCAACAGCACCCAGGCCGGCGGGGCGCAGUUCUACCGCGGUGAAUCGCUGACCGCCCUCGGCAGGUUUGACGAAGCGGCCGCCAGCUACCGCAACGCGCUGGCCGACGCCACGGCUUCGCCGCUGCACACCGCGGCCCGACUCGGGCUGGCCUCCGCCGAACUGGAACUCGGCCAACCCGAGCAGGCCGAGGCGACGCUCAACACGCUGAUCGCCGGCGGCGCGGUGGGCCAAUCCGGUGGCGAGGCCCACACCCUCCGCGGCGAGGCCCGUUUGGCGGCCGGCCAGCCGGCCUCCGCGGCGGAAGACUUUGCCCAGGCCGCGUCCGUCGAGGGCUACGCCGCCGCCGACCACGCUCAAGAGCGGCGGGCCUUCGCGCUCUACUCGGCCGGCGACCACGCGGCGGCCGCUGACGCCUACCAAGAGCUGGCGAGGCGGUUCCCGGAGUCGCCGCUGACCCGCGGCGCGACGCUCGCCGCGGGCAAGUGCCUGCUGCUCGCCGGCAAGCACGAUGACGCCGCGUUCCUGCUAGCCGCCGAGUGGCGGGCCGACCCAACCGCCGCCAACGCCGAGUCGGCUCAUUGA